CAUAAUUAAAAGCGCGCCAACCCUCCCUCUAUCUCUAAAAAUGGCACCGAAGGCGGCAGAGAAGAAGCCGGCGGAGAAGAAACCAGCGGCGGAGAAAGCUCCGGCAGAGAAGAAACCGAGAGCUGAGAAGAAGCUACCAAAGGAUGCAUCGGCAACCGACAAGAAGAAGAAGAGGAACAAGAAGUCGGUAGAGACGUACAAGAUCUACAUAUUCAAGGUCCUCAAACAGGUUCAUCCUGAUAUCGGAAUUUCAAGCAAGGCUAUGGGAAUCAUGAACUCCUUCAUCAAUGAUAUAUUUGAGAAGCUUGCACAGGAAUCUUCGCGACUUGCGAGGUACAAUAAGAAGCCUACCAUUACUUCAAGGGAGAUUCAGACCGCUGUGAGGCUUGUUCUACCCGGCGAAUUGGCGAAACAUGCCGUUUCUGAAGGUACUAAGGCUGUAACGAAAUUCACUAGUGCUUAAGAUGCUUUCAGGAAAUUGUUUGAAGGUUUUCGAUGUAACAAUUUUACAUAUGGAAUUAGUUGUUUAAAUGUUAAAGUAAUCGACAAGAACAUCAACGAUAUGAAAUUGAUUAUCUGUUCUGUAUCUUUGAUUUUGCUUUUGGAAAUUUACAUGUAUGUCAAUCCGAACACAAUCUUUUGGGA